UCGUAUAUAUGAAAACAAAUUGUAGGAAUGUAAUUCAACUAAUGGUUUAAUACACAUAGUAAUUUACAGGUGGUUAUGAAGGGUAUUUGUGACUUGAAGAUGACAGUGCCCUCAAAUACACUGCUGAUAAGCCUCAUUUGGCUUAUAUGGUGCAGUGUGGCUGUCAAUGGACAGCAGGUUAAACCUGACAAUGUGAAUACAUGUAAACUUUAUGACUUGACUACUGGUGCUAUUUUGACCACAAACACAUUCCAAGUGAAUAUUCAGGAAACAGAUAACAGGGUCAGUAAAUCCCAGUCUGUUAUAAUCCCCAUCCAUGGUCAGAUUCAGCAAUUCCUAUAUCCCAAUUCUGCUGACCAGACCACAGUCGAUAAUUAUGGUCUCAGCAUCUUUCAGAAUCCUAACACUGGAUACAACGAGCUGUUGGUUACCGCAUCAAUUGACCGAGAUGGUCCCAAUCCAGAGCCCAAAGAUGACUUGUCCAUCAUUUCUCUCAACUUUGAUUGUACCUACGCAUCAGGCACAAGUACAUUUACACAAAAGUUUGAGAUGAAAAUCCUGGUUGAUGAUGCUAACGACAAUGCUCCAGUGUUUACCAACGCACCAUAUUCAGUGAAUAUUAAAGAGGCUCUUCCCAUCUCCAACACUGUGUUCGACAACAUCAUAGCCACAGACAGAGACACCAACAAGAACAAGGAAAUUCGAUUCACGAUUGCAUCUGGUGCUUUAUAUAAUGGACUUUCCUACUUUGACAUGCCUAAUGAUGAUCUUGGCUAUGUGAACUUGGUUCGAGCCCUGGACUACGAAGCUCUCUAUGCAAAUUCUGCUACCAACUUCAAUCUGGUGAUACAUGCAAGGGACAACAAUGCAAAUAGCGCUGUUCAACUGACAACAACCACAACACUGACAGUGACAGUUGAGGACAGUGAUGACCUGCCUCCCACAUUUUACUUCCCUGGAUGCUUCACUGUCUCUGGUCUGGGCACUUCCUGUGAGGCUGCCGUCUACAGGAGCACUCUUACUAAUGGAGUGGUGGCUGGAGCUUUGACAUUUAUCUCCACGGUGACAGGCUCUGAAACAGCGACGGGGUCAAUCCGUGCCUUCGAUAUGGAUCGACUGAAUGCUCAAAUCCAGUUCUCCAUAGUUGGCAGCACUCCAAGUGGCUUUGCCAACAGAUUCACUGUAUCCACGUCUUCUGCUGGUACUGACACCAACCUUGCUGGUAGGGAUAUCUACACGGCAACAGUGACCCAGACUCAGGUCAUUGGCAGAAAUGAAGUCACUUUGCUGAAGCUAUUUCUUCGGGCUUCCCAAAUAAAUGAUCCAACAAAGUUUAGAACGGCUGAAAUACAAUUUACUGUUCAAGCCAACAACCAGAAUCCCCCUCAAAUUUCCACGAACACCGGUAGUUUCAAUGGAUACAUAUAUGAGAGAAACACUAUUGGAGAAACUGUUCGCGCAACACAAACUUCGUCAAGUCCAUCGGCUUUCCAAAUAAUUGUCACUGAUCCUGAUGUGAUCGCAAGUGACAACCAGAGCUACAUCUACACAAUUCUAGAGGCAGUUCCGUUUGCCGUCCAAACCAGUGGUGCCAACAUUGCCACAAUCUACUCAACACAGGUUCUGGACAGGGAAUCACAGACAUUAUACACGUUCACACUGCGUGUGACUGAGAACGUUCCUACCGGUGCACGUUCUAGUGACCAGCAGGUCCAGGUGACUGUCCUUGAUGUCAACGACAACGACCCAACUUUCAGUGGGAAUAAUUUGCAAGUUCAGAAGCUAGAAGGGGACUAUACCAUUAACAACAAUCUCCUUACCAAUGCCUUCCGCCCACUGGGUGACGUGGAUCUCAAUAGUAACCCUGCAGUGACCGUGGCUAUCCAGUCGGUGACAGUGAGAUCUGGUUCACUCACUCAGGCCGAGGUGCUGAAUAGACUUGCCUUGAGAGAUGAUGGCCUCUACCUGACUGGCCCGGUCAGCGCAGGGCUUGUGUUUGCUGUAUCACUUCGUGCAACUGACAAUCCCGCAAACACUAACCAGAAUACAAGAACAACAGACACUGUGGUACUUGUAGAAGUUAUCAGUGCUGGAAACAACGCCCCGAAGUUUGAAUCUGCAAACUACGAGACCGGCAUCAGUGAGGCGUCCCCUGGUGGAACAUUUGUCAUCCAAGUUGUGGCUAGAGAUGCAGAGGAUGCCACAUUGACAUAUAGUCUGGUUGGAAAAAACAUUGCAGAUAAAUUUGAGCUCGCAAGUUCAAAUUCGUAA